ACACAGAAAUCUCUUCAAUAACCGAUUUCGCGAGUUACAUAUAUUUCCCGCUUGCAGCGUAAUUAUUGGGAUAUUUUUCGAAGGUUGGAAAUUGUUUGACGUCUUCAAGCCCCAUUGGGAAGCCCCGCUGAAAUUUAAUGAGAUAUGUUAUACUGGUCUAAAUUUAACUACGGUAUACGUUAUGAGGCAGGCUCUACGGCAAUUGGACAUGGUGUCAAGAAAAAAGCAAAACUUAGAAGGAGUUGCAAUACCCUGCGGAAUUACGAUAACAGCUCCAGAGUACUUCAAAGGAAUUGACGAUCAAACAGAUGUCGUUCGCGAUUUGUAUGCGAAAGCAAAUUUUCCGUUCAUCCGAAUUUUGAUGCAUGAUUUGAACUUCACUAUUAACAUGUUGCAAAUGGACACCGGUGGGUGGAAGAAAAAUGGUACCUUUAGUGGUGUGAUAGGCAAGUUUCAGAACCGAUCCAUCGAACUUGGAUGCCUCGGGAUGUUGAUGAGAAAUGAGCGAAUUGAAGUAGUCGAUUUCACAAUUGUGACAUUCGUAAUCAAAACUAGUAUGCUUUUCCGGCAACCUCCCCUUUCCUUGCUGACUAACAUUUUCGAGCUACCAUUUAGUUGGGGAGUUUGGAUGUGUUGUUUUGCAUUUACUAUCGUCUACUGGUUUUCGUUUAUAGUUCUUAGGGUCGUGACUAAAUCGGAACCCUUCACACCGAUAGAGUCAUUGACUUUUAUGAUGUCUACAAUGUGUCAGCAGAGCUAUCAGUUGAUAACACAUUAUAAUGCAACACAGCUACUGAUCUUCUGCGCUAAGCUGGCGAGUUUUUUCAUCUUUACGUCAUAUUCUGCAAGCAUCGUUGCUUUACUGCAAAGCCCGAGUCGAGUCAUCACCUCGGUGGCAGAUCUUAACGCAUCCCCACUGAAGGUCGGUAUCAUGGAAACCGCGUACGGCUGGCGUUAUUACAACGAGAGCAAGCAGAGCUCAGUGCAGGAGCUAUUUCGUAGAAAAAUUGAACCUCAAGGCGCGAGAGUUUUUGCCGAAGCUGAUGAUGGGAUGAAACGAGUUCAAAAUGAGCUGUAUGCUUUUCAGGUUGCUACUACAUUCUAUCCUAGUUUCACGUUGAGUGUAGUCACCCGUUUCUGUUUGGCUUAUCCGUUGCAGGUUGAAGCGAAUGCAGCCUACCAAAUUAUUAAAUCAACGUUCACCGCAGAAGAGACAUGCAAGAUCUUCGAACUGGACGCUAUUCAACUGUCACCUAUUUCGAUUCCGUUGGUGAAAGGUAGCAAAUAUCGCGAGAUAUUCAGGCAACGAUUGAUAAGAUUACAAGAAGUCGGAAUUAUCAGAAGAAUCAAUCAUAUUUGGAGUGUUCGAAAACCAAGAUGUGAGAACGGUUUUACGUCAUUCAAUUCAGUUAGCUUGAGAGAAAUACGGUAUUCAUACAUUUUUAUGGCGGUGGGUUUUGCUUUAGCGAUUUUGGUUGUUUGCGGGGAAUUUUUGUGGAGUAUUUGGCAUCGAAAUGCUGCGAGGAAAACCUUGUUAAUAGAGAAUAAUAAACUAAAUGAACAAAAAGCAGGAGAAGAAAAAGAACCUAGUUAUAUUUUCUUGGAUAUAAACAUAAAUGCAUUAUCGUUACAGAUAACUGCCCCGGAGUUCUUUAAUGGAUUUGACGACCGCUCGGAUACCAUACACGACCUAUUCACAAGGACAAAUUACCCACUGAUCCAAACCCUGAUGUACGAUCUGAAUUUCACCCUCAACUUGAUUCAGGUCGAUCAAGUUGGGUGGAAAAUCAACGAAUCGUUUACGGGAGUUAUGGGCAAAUUUCAAAACAAGUCCAUCGAGCUCGGAUGCCUUGGAGUGUUGAUGAGGACUGAGCGUAUGGAAGUGGUAGACUUUACAAUAGUGACGCUAAUUAUAAAAACUGGUAUAUUCUUCAAACAACCGCCGCUUUCACUGGUGUCGAACAUUUUCGAGUUACCUUUCAGUGUGGGUGUAUGGUUUUCCUGUUGUGGAUUCGUUAUCAUUUAUUGGCUUUCGCUGAUGGUCUUCAAAGUAAUUUCGAAAUCGGAGCCCUUCACACCGAUAGAAUCGUUGAUUUUUAUGAUUGGAACAAUGUGCCAGCAGAGCUAUGCUUUGCUAACCCACUUCAAUGGAACUAAACUACUCUUCUUUUUCGCAAAAUUAGCUAGCUUUUUCAUUUUCACCUCCUAUUCCGCGAGUAUUGUUGCCUUGCUCCAGAGUCCAAGUCGAGCCAUCAUGUCGGUGACAGAUCUUACCGCGUCACCCUUGAAAGUAGGCGCCAUGGACACCGUGUAUGGCUGGGUGUAUUUCAACGAAAGCAAGGAUCCUGCCGUGCAGAAACUUUUCCGGAAAAAGAUAACACCACAAGGAAAGGCAGCGUUUACUGAAGCUGACGUUGGAAUGGGACGGGUGAAGAACGAGCUCUAUGCUUUCCAGGUUGAGUCAAACGCCGGUUACCAAUUGAUAAAGAAUACAUUUACUCAGCUGGACACGUGUAAACUUCAUGAACUGGAGGCGAUUAGGUUGCCCCCAUUCGGUAUACCUGUGGUGAAGGGCAGCAAGUAUAGGGAACUCAUUCGACAACGUCUUGUGAAACAGCAAGAAGUUGGCAUCAUUCGUCGUUUCAACAGAAUAUGGUUAUCUCAGAAGCCCGUUUGCGAAUCUGGGUCAUUAGCGUUCAACUCGGUUGGUCUGAUCGAACUACGGUAUGCUUAUUUUUACGUCGCGGCGGGGUACGCUGCAGCGAUAAUACUGAUCGGAGUGGAGAUUGCAUGGAACAGAUGGUUCCUAUCGAACCGCGAUGGAGUAGGUAUUGACGCAGAAGAACAAAAAGUCAGCAUUGCAGUUAUAGGGAAAGGAAGUGAUCGUAUCUUUCUGAAUUGAUCAGAUGGCUUAUUGCUUCUGUCCCCGACUGUCACAUUACGAAAUGAGAUAUGUAUAGUUGAUAUUAUCUCAUUGAACUGAAUGGGAUUCAUCUAUCGUUUUAUUGAUCAACUUAGUGUAAAUUUCGCUGCAGAAAUACAGUAAAUGUGUAAUAGAG